AUGUCCCGCGAAGCUUAUCAAGUCCCAAACCUCGAUUCCAACCAGAGCGCAUUCGGUAACGGAGGUGCCAGCGGUGGUGUUGGUGGCUACACUCAGACCGAAGCUCCAGCUGUACGAUACAUCUGCGGUGAAUGCGACGCAAAAUCUACCCUGUCGCAAAACGCUACGCUGCGUUGUACCGAGUGCGGGCACCGAUGGUUCAGUUUGAAGCGCGCUGAGAUGACCGUUCACGUUACAACGCGAGUUCGCUCUGAUGCUAUGAGAAAGAACCUCGCACACGCAGGAGGUGAUUGGGAUUGA